GGCAGCUACCGAGAGCGAGGAGCCACGGAGCAAGGCUGGGAGUGAGGGCGCCGCUGGCCGGCCCGCCCGGCCCUCUGCACCGCUCCCGCGCGGGUUCCAGGAGAAACGGGCAGGCCUGGUGGGGGCUCCAGCACCGACAUGCACAGCGCUCGGCUUGACAGCUUCCUCAGCCAGCUCCGCUGGGAACUGCUGUGUGGCCGGGACACAGGCUCACCCCCGAUGCCUGGCCCCCUGAAGCCAGCCCCCAAAACUGGCCCAGGUGUGCAGCCCAGCCACCAGCUCAGGGCCUCAGAUGCUUUGGAAGAGGACUCUGUCUGCUGUGUGGAAGAGGAGGAAGAGGAGGAGGAUGAGGAGGAAGCAGUGGUGACAGAAGACGGGGGUGCAGCCUUAGGGGGCCCCAGGGAACAUGCCCUGGACUGGGACUCUGGCUUCUCUGAGGUAUCAGGCAGUACAUGGCGAGAGGAAGAGCUGCCUGUACCCCAGUGCCCAGCACCCCCAGCAAGGCCCCCUCAUAGCCAGCGCCUCUCAUUCAGUGGCCUCCCCCUGCCCAGCAGGGCCCCUGUAGCCAGCGCACCACCUGCCCGCCGUCCACGGCCCAAGUCCACCCCAGAUGCCUGCCUGGAGCAUUGGCAGGGACUAGAAGCAGAGGACUGGACAGCGGCCUUACUGAAUAGGGGUCGCAGUCGCCAGCCCCUGGUGCUGGGGGACAACUGCUUUGCUGACUUGGUGCACAACUGGAUGGAGCUGCCCGAGACAGCCAGUGAAGGGGGCGAUGGAGGUGGGCACCGUGCCCGUGCUCGGCCCCCCCAGUUCCUGCUUGGCCUCUCAGAGCAGCUUCGGCGCCAGCUGGCCAGGGCUCGGCGGGCAGCUAUGGCAGGAAAGCGGCUAUCAUGCCCACCUCGCCCCGAACCUGAGCUGCCUGGGGACGUCUCACGUUUUGCAGCCCUCAUGAGCUGCCGCAGCCGCCAGCCCAUCAUCUUCAAUGAUGUCAGCUACCUCUGACCCUGCUCUCCAUCCUGGGACAAUAAAGGCCUUUUUUUAGAC